AAUUAUUGACUUGCGCUUUUAAUGAGUUGUAUUUUAUACGAUUUCCAACCUUGAUUUAAAUUCAAUUGGUUUACCUCUAGCUCAAAUCUCCCUUGUAUGUAUAGAUUUUUGUGUAUUAUAAGAUCAAUAGUAAUUAGGUCUGGUUGAUCGGGUGGUUUUUUCAUAUCUAAAAAUGAAUUUGAGUAUGUUAACCUCUCUUGAAAUUGCAAAAUCUUAAUCCACAUUGUUAUAUAAUGUAUCGGUAUCGACAAUAUUCCCACCAUGAAAUCCCAUUCCUUUUCGCGCCAUUUCACUGCAAAUAGGAAAAAAAAAAACGAGUUUUGGUUAAAGUGCGGUAACAAGUGCAACUUUUCUACUACCGAAACCACCUGGCAGUGUUAUUAUUUGUUUGAAAUAGCAACUACCAAUGAACCAGUGAUUCGAAAAAUUAUCAGUUUUUUAACCCUCGGUUAAAACGUUUAUGGGCGAUAAUAAUUGUUAUCAAUUUGAGCUUAUAUUACUUUGUUUUAUGCAUUUAGUGCAUGUGCUAUUAUUAUUAUUGAUACAUAUAAAUUAUAUGUAUUUUUCAUGUGAUGGGUUCACGACAUAAUGAGUAAACAUUCAAUUAUCUAAAAACUAGUUUUUCCAUUGUCAAGAAACACACGCAAAUAUAUAGAAACUCAAUGGAGCAAUCAAGAAAAUAAUUAAAAUUCGUCAUGGACAAAUAGCCAUUGUUAAGUGAAUGUUGGGCAAUAAUAAAAGCUAAAGCAUCAUGAAAUACGGUAUUUUAGCUUACUUGCUAAUCCAAACUACUACUUACGGCCUCAAUUGUGAUAAAUCAUUCACCUUCUACGAAGAUUACGGACAAAAUUCCUUCAACGUCACUUGCGAAGGAAUCACAAAAGGCUACGAACACAUUUUAGAAAACAUCACCAUAAACAAUGAAAUUUCGUUGACGAUUAUUGAUUCAAUAUUGGAAAAUGUUACCCCAAAUAUUUUCAAAAACGUUAAAAACAUAAAAAUACUUAAUAUUUUCAAUUGCAGCUUAACAUUUAACAAGGAGUUGAGUAUUUUUAAUAAGCUAGAAAAGCUUGAAGUUUUAAAUAUACGUGAUACUAGUUUUGAAAUUGAAAACGCCACAUUAACAGGGCUUAAUAACUUGAAAAAAUUACAGUUAAUGAACAAUAGCCUGUCAACUAUAGCCCAGCAAGGGUUUAAUUAUUUAAACAACUUAGAAAAAUUAGAUUUAAUUAACAAUAAAAUUGAAAAGGUUGACGAUUUGCAAUUGUGCAAUUUAAGAAAGCUUAAAGUGCUUGAUCUAAGUAGAAACAAAAUAAGUAAAUUAUCAAACUUUUUCUGUCCAACAUCGGAACAAACUUUAGGCUUUAAUAUAAAUAGUGAAUUAACUUCACCUAUAUUAGGCGAUAUUACUAAUUAUUAUAACAUCACUAGUGUCACUAAUGACCUUAUUGAUUUAGAUUUAAGUCACAACCAAAUAGUAGAUUUAGGUUACGCUUUAGAUGAAAUGGUUAAGCUUAAAUAUUUAGAUUUAGGCUUCAACAAGUUGACAAAUAUUAAGCUUAUUAGCUUAAAAUCACUAGUUAAAUUACAAAAAUUACAUUUGAACAAUAACAAGCUUAGAGUUUUUAAUGGUAACUUGUUUAGUAAUAAAUCAGUAUUAAAUUUUGUUGAUUUAAGUUUUAAUUAUUUAAAACAAUUUGUUUGUUCUAAUAUUGUACAGUUGCGGGAUUUGGAUUUAAGCUUUAAUAAUUUAACUAGAGUUUUGUUAAAUGACCUGCCACAACUGCAAGAAGUUGAUUUAAAGUUUAAUUAUUUACAAAGUGAUUUAGUUUUUCAAAAAGUUCCUAAUCUAAUUAGUGUAAAUUUAGCCUCAAAUCACUUAAAUAAUUUAGGUUUUUUAAAAAAUAUAACAAACUUAAGAAAUUUAAGCUUAAGAAAUAAUUCCUUAAACAAUUUGCCUGAUAAAGUAUUUGCAGGUCUUCACGAAUUAAAAAAUUUAGAUUUAUCUUUUAAUAAUAUACAAAAUGCAUCAUUUUUUGAUUUAAACAAUUUAGAAAUAUUGAAUUUGUCUUACAACAAUAUAGAAUCGUUGUCGUAUGAUUUACUGGAGCCUUUAAAAAGCCUUAGAGUUUUAGAUUUAGCAUCAAAUAAACUAGUUUUCAUCGAGUACGAUGUAAUACUAUCAAAACUGCCUACAUUAAAUAAUAUAAACAUUAAAUUUAAUCAAUUAACUUGUGACAAUUUAACCAAAUUUAUACAAUAUUUAAAACAACGUCACAUUAUUUAUACUAAUAGCGAAAAUGUUGCAUUAGAUAAUUUGAGUCAAAAUGUUGCAGGGAUUCCUUGCAGAUUUGCUGUUAUCAGCAACAUCAAGCAGAAAAAUAGCGUUUUGUACAAUUUGGGUAUUUGUUUAAUUGUUGGUUUUGUUGCUAUUUUGACAAGCAUCGUUUGUUACAGGUUUUACAUUUACAUGAAACGGCGGAGGUAUAGGCCAGAUGAAUUUGAGUUGGUUGUUGAUUGAGUUGUUAAUAAAAUUUAAUGAAAAUCAAUUGUAAUUUGAUUUAAGUACUUAUUUAGGUAAAUUUCAAGAUGUUUUUGAUUUGAUGUUUUACCAAAGAUAGUCGUACAGUAUUUAUGGACACCUACAAUAGCUCCUGUAUAUUGUUUAAUUACCUUUUCGUCCACUGGUUAAACAAUAAUAUACUAUUUCCUUUAGAUACCAUGCAAGUACUGUUAAUGUAGAUUAGAGUUGUCAUUAAUAUUGUCACGGCUUUGGCUUGCGUGACGGAAAUCUUGGGUUCGUUUAUUCCAAAAAUCAAAGUCCAAUUAACACAGCAAUAAUUUAUUCCACGUAACUAUACACUGGCACUAAUUACUUUAAUAACUAACUCAAUAACUAAACUCUUUACAACUCUCAACAAUAAUCACUAUACUUAUUUAAAUCGUAUCACAGUCAAACUUAAACUUAAACUUCUAAAUAUUUAUUUAUUUAUUUAUUUAUUGACGGGAUUAUCCCAUUAAUGUAAUAGUUUUACAAAAUUUAACAAUAAUCUUAAGGUUAGCCAGCAAUAGUAUUAGUACUAUUGCUAUCAACCAAUGUAACUAAAUCAGCAAAAUUACAACAACAACAAAAAUCCCUAGAAAAAGAAUAGGUAUAAAUAUAUAUUUUUUUUUCGCCCUAUAAUAGAUCACAUUUAUUAAUUAGACUAAUAAAUCUACUUUUAGAAAUCCCUGUAACUUCCAAGUUGUGCUGAUUAAUUAAAGAAAUAUACCUGCACAUGGGAGAGUUCAGACCAAAAUCAGUUCUGUGAUAAUCAACAAAAAAUGAAUUGUUAUGUCUGAGGUUUCUAUUUGGAAUGCGAAACUUUAUUUGCUCUAGAAGCUGAGGACAGUCUAUAUUAAAAUUUAGAAGAUCAAAAAUGAAGCGCACUCCAAUUUUCAACCUUCGAAGCUCAAGAGAGUCCAAAUUUAGCAUAUUGCGUAUGUAGUCAUAUUCAUGAUCAAAAAUUUGAACCCCAUGCGAAAAACACAAAAACGCGAGAACCUGCUCUGAACUCUCUCAAUUGAAACCUUAUAAAUUUGGUGAUAAGGUGACCACACUAUACAGUUAUACUCUAACCUUGACCUUACUAAACUAGAAUACAUACACUUGGCAGAGGACACCGAUAAAUUCUUGCAAUUCCUGAUGACAAAACCUAACAACUUGGAGGACUGUACUAUCAAAUUAUUUAUAUGGUCUACAAAUUUGAGCUCUUGAUCGAAAAUUACACCAAGAUCUUUUACUUUGGAUGUAUAACUGAUUUGCCUGUCUUUAAUAUAAUAAAGUGAAUUUACCUUUUUAUUGAAUCUGAAAAAACUAAUUGUAAAACACUUAUCAACAUUGAGCUUCAAUUUAUUGAUGUCACACCAAGCAACAAGACGAUUUAAGUCUUCCUAUAAUAAAUUUGCGUCAUACAUACUGUUAAUGACUCGAAAAAUUUUAAAGUCAUCAGCAAAUGCUGCAGGUACACUAUGCAAAAAGUUUUUUGUGAUAUCAUUGACGAAUAUGUUAAAAAGUAAUGGCGAGCAGUGUCCCCCCUGGGGCACCCCAGAUGUUGCCAUAAUAUUCUCAGAUAGGAAUGAACCUAUUUUUACUUUUUGAACUCGACCAGUGAAGGAACUACGGACCACUUUACUAUAUCCAGGUGAAAACCAAAUCUAUAUAACUUAUCAAACAAUAAACCAUGAUCAACACUGUCGAAGGCCUUAGAAAAGUCAGUAUAUAUAGCAUCAACUUGUUUUUUGUCUUCCAAGGCCCUCAGCAGUGAUGACUGGUAUGAAACCAAGUUUGUGGUAG